UAAUAAAUUUCACUUAAGCUAAGCUUUCGUUUUUCAAAUGAAAUCAAAAUUAGUUUGAAAAAUUUGCUGCUGGAAAACGGAUUAAUAUUAUAAAACUAUAAAAUAACAAUAAAUUAAAAAAAAUUAAGAAAAAAAUAACUAAAAUACCAAAAAAAUAAAACAAAACGUGUAACUAUAAAAUAAACGUGUAAUAAACAAAUAAUUAAAUAUUUAAAAAAUUUAUAAAAAAUAAUAUUUGAAAAAAAAAUUAAAAAUUUCUUAAAGAAUUUUUUUUUUAACUAAAUAAAGCAAAACGUGUUAGUAACAGAAAAUGUCAGAUAAAAAGUUUAUUUUAUGUAUGGUGGUCUUAAGUCUACUGGCCACCACCUAUGCCAUAUCCAGUACCUGGGGUAAUAUCUCAAAUUCUGCCCAGUUAUUGCAUGCCGAGCAAGUAUUCAAUGCCUCUUCACCGGGAAAAUAUGUGACUCAUGAAAUUAAAUUUCCCAAAAAUGGCAUUGGUAAUGGACGCAUCAUUACCGGCAUCAGAGCUUUCGAUCAGGUGACAAACGGCACCGGCGGACAUGCAACCAUAUAUUCAGGUGGACCCGGUUUCAAUUUUGUCAACAUUAAACUGCAGUCACAAUACAAUUAUGGUCUUAUGUUCCGUGUAGAAAUUUAUGGCAAAUAACAAAAAUAUUUUUUAAUAAAAA